ACUAACUCCCGCAACAAAUCCAGGCCAACUCAUAUCUGAUAUUUGCCCUCUCCAUCUCUCUCUCUGUUACUUUACCUUCGCCAUUGACGAACACGAGGUGAUGUGGGACGAGUGUGAGGACCAUCAUCCUGAGCAAGAGCAAGACUCAGACUCCUACCUAGACUUCGAUUUUCUUUCUCUGCUUUCCAAACCCAAGGAUUAUUAUAAGAUACUGGAAGUGGAUUAUGAUGCUUCUGAAGACGCCAUUCGAUCCAAUUAUAUACGCCUAGCCCUGAAAUGGCAUCCGGAUAAGCAAAAAGAUCAUGACGGGGCGACUUCUAGAUUCCAAGAGAUAAGUGAGGCUUACCAGGUUUUGAGUGAUCCUGUCAAGAGGAGAGAAUAUGACAAGAAAGGGAUGAUGUAUGUCUAUGAUUACAACAUAAAUGAGUAUCUCAACCGAUACAAGGGUCUUAUACUUACAUGCAAUGGCCUUGGGAUAAAAAAUUCUGUUUGGUAAUGCUGAAACAGGACGUGCUACAUGAAUCAAUCCUGGUUAUGCUUCAUGCUGCAUGACAUGACAUCGACAUUGCUGAUAGGUUGUGCAGCAUUGUUGUUGAUGAUUGGCCAGAAGUUGGGUUGGUGUAGACUUUACUGUAUUGUAAUACUUGUCUAUAAAUAAAAUCCUAACAUCACUUUGUAACAUGUUAUAUGUCUCAUGGGGGGUUCUCGUGUUUAUUUUCUUUCCUUCCAUCUUUAGUUUUCAAGUAAUGUGUGGUGGCCUGCUUUUGUAUGAUCAUUGCCGAGUGAUUACCGUCGACAGGGCUAUAUGACCAACUGCUUGAAUCAGUUGGUAGAACUUUAAAUGACGGUAUUCAUGGUGGUAGACAGUGUCUUAUGGGUAUUAUGUUACUGUGAGUAAAAUUAUAUAAAGCAGAGGCCAUUUAA